AUGCACGAGUCCGUUCCUGACGAGUAUAAGCCGGCGCUGUUCAUCCGGGGGGCCGAGACAACCAGCAACGGACGUGUGAGGGCGCCUUUCCCGCCGCCGACCAAGCACAUCAAGAUGCCGAGGGCCAGCAGGUAUGGUCUCGUCGCGUCGGCACCGGCGCGCGCUUGCCGGCCUCGCGGCAUCUUCGCCGCCGCCGUCGGCGUUGUCGGCGGCGUCGUGGACGGCGUCGGCGCUCUCGAAGCGUCGGCGCCGCUGUCGAUCCUGGUCCGCGAGCGCCUCCUGCGGGACCGCGGCGAGCGUGUGCGGCAGCUGCGGGAGGUCCUGGAGGACCAGCGGAUGCAGCUCGUGGCGCGCGACUCGCGGGUCGGGGCCCUCGAGGGCGAGGUGAACCGGUUGUCCGCCGCCCUCAAGGAGGCCGCCCAGCGCGGCUCCGACGCCGGCGCCUGGCCUGGUUGCGCCGCCGCCUCCUCCUCGCAGUCCCCUGCGCGGAGGGUGCCGCCGUUUCCGCACCAGGAGGCCGGCGGCACCGGCGCCGCGCCGCGGGGCGGCGGCGGGCCCGAGCGGCUGGAGGCCCUCGUCGAGGCGCAGCGUCGCAGGAUCCUGGAGCUCACUGGGCUGCUAGAGGCCCGGCGCGAGGAGCGGGCGGCGCGCCUGGUGAGGGGGACGCUGCGCGGCGGGGGCGGGGUUGCCGGGGCUCUGCCGCGCGCAGAGGACGACGCCGAGGGCGGCGCCGAGGGCGGCGCCCUCGGCAGCGGCGCCGCCGGCGGCGGGGCCGCCGGCCUUGCUGCCCGCGCGGAGGCCAGCGCGGGCGCGGCCAGCGGCGCUGGCGCGGGCGCCGCCGCGGGCGCCGCCGAGCUUCUGGCGGCCGCAGGCGCUCGACGUCCACUCGGCGGCGUCGCCGCCGGCGGCGGGGCCGCCGGCCUUGCUGCCCGCGCGGAGGCCAGCGCGGGCGCGGCCAGCGGCGCUGGCGCGGGCGCCGCCGAGCUUCUGGCGGCCGCAGGCGACGCGGCGGCUGCCGCGGUGGAGCGGUGCACCGCGCGGCUGGGGGCGCCGGCGAGGCUCGGCGCCGGCGCGGGCGUGGUGCGGCGGGAGCUUGAGGCGGCCGCUCCGGGGAUCCAGCUGGGGCUGCCCGUGCCGACGCUCACGGCGCCGGCGCUGACGCGGCGCCCGGCGGCGGCGAAGCGCUUGCCGCUGCCCGGCAGGCAGGGUUCCCGCCGGCAGCCCUUCCCCGCCUGGAAGGCCAGGCCUGCCGCGCCGGCCGCGGCCGCCACAUCGGGCGCAGACGGCGGCGCGGCGAGCACUCCGCAGUGGCCCGACGGCGGCGGCGGCGCCCGCCGACGGCCGCGGCGGCGGAGCCGCGGCGCGACAGCGACCGACGCCGCAGCGACGCAGCUCGGCGACGUCGGCCGACACGGCGCUGCGGCGGCGGCAAGCCUUUGCGCGCAGGCGCGCCCGCCAGCGGCCGCCGGGCGCUCGCGCCCGGAGCUGUCGCCCAUCGCCGAGGCCGACGGCUCCGCCGCCGGGGGCCGCCCGCGGCCCCGCGGAGCCCUCGGGCGGGAGGCGGCGGGCGGCCGACGAGCCCGCCGAGCCCGCGCACGCCGUCAGCGGCACCGAGCUCGAGGAGACUGCCAGGCGCAGCUUGCGGAGCGGCGCCGCAGGCUACUGGAGGCCUGCGAGGCCGCAUCGGCCUGGGGCCAGCAGCUGGAGCAGGACCUGAGACGGCACGGCGCAACCGCCGAGGUCGAGGCUGAGCCGCUCUCGGCGCGGCGGCUGGGCACCGCGGAGGGGCUGCGCGCCGGGAGCGGGCGGCUGGCCGAGUGGGAGGAGCUGCUGGACCAGGGUCUCCAGCGGCACGGCGGGGAGACGCCGCCGCGGGCGCGGGCGCCGCCGGGCGAGGGCGCGGCGUGCGGGGCCUCCGGGGCCACGCAGGAGCGCGCCCAGCGGACGCUUGGAAGGAGGCCGUCUUCAUCAGGAGAGCGCGCAGCCGCCGCUUCACGCCGACGGAGCUGCCAGGCGAGCCCUGACGUUGUGGCCCAGGGGAUUUUUCAGGAUUCGGAUUUUGAUGUCUCGCGUUUCGCACCGUUUUGUCGUUCUGUGCGGUGUGCCAGUUUCUCCGAGCUUCUGCACGCUUCGAAGCUGCUGCAGGGCUCCGCGGCCAGUGCUGAGCCCGCGCCGCGGGCGUGCGCUCGGCGCGACGCCACGGCCGCCUCCGUGGCUCAGGGCACCGCGGGCGCGCUCGCCUGACCCGCGGGCCCCGAGCGCGGGUCGGCACCUUGGCAACGCCCGGCCCUCCUCCUCGGCCCCUCGGUGGGCCCCGGUGCGGAGUCCCAGCCAGCCGACGCGGGCGGUGCGGGGCGGCCAG